CCGUCUCUGGAGAUAUUUGUUGACAGUCUGAAAUUUCCUGCUCUUGCCGCAGUGAAAAUACUGUAAUUCGGGCUGUUUCUGUCUUAAAGCACAAUGUUAGGGCCCUGAAAGAUAUAAAAUCAAUAUAACCUGAAAAUUUCCCACUGUAGAGGAAAGAAAGUGAAUGGCAAUGGAUAGCAAAAAGUCAAGCAAGCCUUUCUAUGCUUUGCCUGAGAAGACCCCAACAAGCUCUCAGAUCAUCAAUGCUGCCCGUUCAUCUCUUCGUACUUUUGAUACUCGAAGACCAAACACUCCUCGCGAUGAACAAAGACAUUUGUUCCCUUCCUCGACUACUCGAGCUCCUGAAUCUCGACCACCAAGUUCCUUUAGCUUAACCUCAAGACACUUUGAUGGCCCGGAUUCCCGCCCAGUGUCUGGAACAAGAUUGUCACCAUUAGACCAUUCUACCUUUCCGCAUAGAGAUGAUCAUCAGUAUUCCUUACAGCACCCUAAGCCGGUGAACCAAGCGGAUCUGGAGAAUAUUCUGGUACCUCGUCCUCCUGCAGAUCCCAGUAAAGGGAGUCAGAGAAGAGGCUCUGCUAAUCGAGCCAGAGUUCCAUCUGCAAUUAGCUUGGAUGGCACGGAGCAAGUGUCAAGAUCUGGAUAUGGGGAUGAAGCUUCAGCAGCAGACACAGCCCGUGAGAAAGCUUAUACCGAGACAGCCCGUGGGUCUGGGGAUCAGUGCUUACCAGAUGGUGCUGAGAGGGCUCCGGGAGGCAUAGCAGCGCCCUCUAGUGCUGGCAGUGACGGCAGGUCGGGCAGUGCUGGGAGCAGGAAGUCCAGUGCUGGCAAGUCUAGUCGCACAAGCAGUGCUGGCAAACGUGAUGCUGAAGAUUUUGAAGAGAUUUACACUUUAGAGAUUGAGCCUCUAGUCACAGAAAUGGCAUCAUUGACGAAAAAGAAAGAUUGUGAUCGAAUGUAUGAGUUGGCAAGCCAGUUAUAUACUACCCUGGAAUGCCGCAAUUGCUUGACGCGCCAGUUUCAGCAUAGGUCGAAUAUCCUGAAGAUUAUCUUCAAGCUUUUAGACGUGGAUGAGCCUCGAGUUCUGUUGAGAAUGGCCCGGCUCAUUCUUGCUUUUAAAGUGACAGGGAAUAACCUGUUGAAUGUGUGCAAACUUGUGUUCAAAGUGAGUCGGAAUGACAAGAACGAUUCAUUUUUCCUGGAGGAGAAUAUUCUCAAUCUUUUGCUUGACACGAUUAGAAGUUCUGAUCCCAGUUCGUCGUGUGAAGCCCUCAUCUAUUGUGUAGGAGCAGUGAAAUUUCUCACAGGGAAUCCAAAUAUUCUGAAACGACUGGCGAAGCUGGACUGUGUUAAGACUCUUGCCACCCUUAUGCAUUCCAUAAACAAAAUAAAUCGAGAAAAUGGCAAAACGUAUGAUCAGUAUGGACACAUAUUGGUUCAGUUGGCUGCGGCAUUGAGGAAUCUAGCAGACACAAGCUCAGGUCGUGAUCGAUUUUUGACUCAUCAUGUGAUCGAUGGGCUUGUCACACUGAUGGACACUUACCCAGGGGAUAGUGACCUUAUGUUGUACAUCUCUAGAAUAUUGAGUAAAAUAACUCUCCACACAGACUGCUGUUCAGUAUUAGCCAACCAGCACUCAUGCUACAGGGCUUUCGUGAAUUUGCUCAAGCAGCACUUACUCAAAGACGAUUUGGUUGUUCGACUGUGCUUUGUGCUGGGAAAUUUAACUAUAAAGAAUGAUAGUGCUCGUCUCAAACUAUUUCAAGAGAUAGACUCGAUUGAGACUUUGCUGAACAUUCUCAAGACCUACUGUGAACUGGACAGACAGGGUAAGACGAGUGCUAGUGGAGAUGGAGAGGAAUCACAGCUGAAUGGAGGUGUUGAUGGAGAGAGUGAGACCGAAGUCAACAAAGUGGAAGAUGUCCUCAUUAAAGUCAUGCGAGUUCUGGCGAACCUUUCAGUUAACGAAGAUGUCGGACCGGCCAUUGCUGCCAACCCUGAUUUUGUUGAAUUGCUAAUAAGUGUUGUUGAGGAUAAAGAUGUGGCACAUCAUGAGGAAGUGGUGGUCAAUGCCGUAGUUGCUGUCAAUAAUGUCUCGUACUACACAACACAAGAUCCAUCGCAAAUGACCGCUCAUCUGAAAAUGGCAGAAAGCCUUCUGAAGCUGAUCAUGAUAGACAACACAGAGGGAAUCCUGGAAGCAGCCAGAGUCUUUGGGAAUCUCACAAGGCACAAGCAGAUCAGGGAUUUUCUCUCUCAAAAUAAAGUGGAUGCAAUGAUGAUCACCUUGCUGGACUCUGGUAACCGUGAAAUUGUCUACAUAGCCUGCGGUGUGCUAAUAAACUUCAUGCUGGAUGAAGACAAGAGGUCCAUUUUGAAGAAAGAGGGAGGAAUCCAAAAACUUACAGACGUCCUCCGUGACUUUGGUCGUGAGGACUGGCAGCUGAGUGGCUGUGUGUGCAAGGUGCUGGUCAACUACAGCUCAAGGAUACACUCCAGCUCCAACAGCUUUGGGAAUGAAGAGUCAGCAGAGCUGUCAGAGUUGUUGGCCGAGUAUUUAGACAAGGACUGUGCCCUGAGCCAAGCUUUGGCAUCCGCUGCCGACGAAGAAAUGCGUGAGUACAUAGAGGAUACUUGGCAAGAAGAGUUCUGUCCCGUGGGCUCUCAACUGCUGAAGAGAAUUGAAUCGUAUUCCUCUCCUCUUGAGCCACUGGAGGCCCCGUCCUGACCUCCGUAGCUCUUUGGAUAAUGGAUCUCUCUCGGUGUGUUGGGAUUGAAAGUGUUUAAUUAUUGAGGUGAACGAAAAUUUGCGUAAGGACAAGUUUGUGACAGUAUUAUUUUAACUUUUUUUUUCUGAUUUACCGCUGGAUGAAUGCUUUUCUUAAAGUGAUGAUUGCUUUUCUGGAAGCAGUUGUUUAAGAUUCGUUAAUCAUUCUCUCUGUCUGUCUUUCUUUCCCUUUCUUUAUUUUCACACACCCACAUACACACAUGUGCUUGAUCUGUCAUACAACAACACACACAAGCACACAUGUACGCUCCCACACAGAUGCAUUGAUGGACACAUUACAUCUCUUUUUUCUUGGAAUGACUGCCCCUCCCCCCAUCAAUUUGACAAUGUUGAUCAAUGAUAUUUGUUCCUAAUACCCUACAUCGCACUCAAGAUUUGUUUUUUUCUCCCAUUGACAAAGCCUAAUUUGUUUGCAUGUUCCCUUAAACAUUGCUGCUGACUGAUUUUGUAAAAUGCCUUGAGAGACUUUUUUUUUCUUCAAAUUUCCAGCAGGUGAGGCUGCAUGAAAUAGAAAAAAAAAAUAAUUUCACACAUGUUUUAUUUAAUGUGAAAUGCAAAUGGAACUCUUGAGAUAUAGUGUUAUAGAACAAGAUCUGCCAGUGUAAAAGUAUUUCAUCUGUGCUUGUUGAUGAGGUAGUGCUUGAUGAGAGCCCAGCUGUUGCUGGAUUGAAAACAUACAUUUCCAGCACUCCACAUGUAUAGAUUGUUGUGAUUGUGCUUUCAUCCAUAAAUAAAGUUUUUCUGAAAUGAUUGUACACUGACAGCAUCUGCAUAGUUUUUAAAGUGCAAUUCAUUCUGAGGCGCCCUCCACGUACUCUUCACUUUUUCAUUGUUUUUGUGAAUUUGUUAUGUGUCAAAUGCAGAUCUUUUAUUGUGAAUAACGAUUUGUCAAAAUAUGGAAAGUAGAAUAGUUGUAAUAAUGAAUAAUGAGUAGCAUUUGUAUAGCGCAUAUGCUCUUUACAGUGUAUACCAAUGUAUAUAAGUAUAUUAUUACAAGAAUAUCCAUCUUGGAUGAAUUGGGGGGAGGGGGGGGUACAGUGGAAACCACAGAUAAUUGAAAUCUUGAAGGUUUUGUUUAAAAAAAACACCCUUAAUUUCCCAUUUUGGAAACUGUCAAAUUUUGUAUUGUAGAAAUGUGUUUCAACGUCUGUUAUGUACCUAUGUCUUGUACAUGUUUACCUCCUUUCACUAAUAGAAAGCAGAACAUGUGUAAACUUUCCUUAACUCAUUCACUACCACGAGCCAUGUUUCACAUGCGAGCUGUGUUUCCACUUCUGGCUUCAAUACCGCACCUAGUUUUGUAAUAAUCAAAUCUGCAAUCUUCGGCUGAAGAACGAUCGUUUUUAGCAGCAUGUUGAGAUGGGUAAUUUUUUCGCUAAUAUAUAACACAUGUGGCUAAUAUUGAAAAUUGAACUUUAAAAAUCUUUAAUUUGUCCGGCAGUAGGCAGAAUCAGAAAGUAGGUCACUGAUAGGUGAGGAAACCCCUGUGGUAGUGAGAGAGUUAAGAACAGUAUUUUUCCUCUCAUAGCCAAAAAGGGACUUUAUUUAGUACAAGUAAGGUGUAUUGGGUGCAGUAGACAGUAUACUGCCUCAUUUUGAAAUAGUCGAACCUGUUCAUUAGUCUUGAUGUGACAGAUACGAAAUAGUAGAUCCCCUCACUCUCUAAUAAAUGUGAAAUUGAGAUUGCAGAGCAGAAUUCAAUAUACCUUGGUACCUUUUGUAUUGGCUGAAUUGCGGUGCAAAAUUUGAUUCUGUGUUGCUUUGAAAAGAAUGAUACUUUCAGAUUGGAAUGUAUUAGUUUUGAGACAUUUUUAUUUUCCUGAGAUGUUUUAUCCUGUCUCUAACAUGAGUUGAAUUCUGUUAUAAGAGAGAAUAAGAAUAUUUUUUUAAAGCAGAGGCUCUAUUUGCGUGGCUCAAUUUUGAUAAGUUUUCUGACCUGUAUUUAAAAUAUGAUAUUUUAAGCCUUUUUUUUAUUUUUUAUUUACCAGGUUUCAAUAUAUGAUUUUUCCUCACAAAAGUGUCGUGUUUUCUCAAAGAAUUAAUGACGCCUUUUCAUGUUACAGAGUGUUUUAUGUUGUGUUACAGGCUCUGUCUGGGUUGUUUUUUUUUGGGGGGGGGGGUUUUUUGUAAGGUUUUUUUUAUGAUUUUGGUCAACUCACACAGAUGGUGAGUGGCCUUUGUGAUAGGAUUCAUUCUUCAUGUUUAUUUUUUGUCCGUCAGGAUACACAUCGUUCAACAUUUUAACACAGGCAUUAGCGUUGUAAUAGUUUGCCCUUCAACAUCACACACAUGAGAUACAUACGAGUUCGAUAUACAUCGCCUGUACCACCGAGUCAGUCCAAGUUGGCCCUGGCUGAUGGAGUUGAAGCAGCCUGCCCUUACUUUAUAUGAUCAAUCUGUUUUUCUGUUAUCAGCACUGAUAUGUUGAUGUAAUAAUUUGCUCUCAACUAGCCAAAUAAUACCAGGCAAAAUUACUCAAAAACUUGCAAAUUUGGUCUGGUGUGAAAAUAAUGAACAAAUGGCUACUCAGAAAGUUGCCACAUGCCAGAUUUUCAGCAACUCAACCACUUUUUGAGAUCGGUUUAGGCAAACUUCGGAUCAGGGCCACUUGGACUUCGCAAAAAGCAGCAAAAUGUUGCACCUUUUAAAACUGGUGAUAAACCUCAAGGUAUCUUCUUUUUUUAACAAAAAAGCAAACAAAAUAUAAACUGCGUUAUUAUGAUAAAGGGAUAAGAAUUAGUCUAAUUUAGCAAAUAAUUUUUUCUUUAAAUUAUGCUGUGAGUGUUAGUCUUGGCUCUAAUAUAUUGACAAAUGCAACCACUUUCACAAAAAUUUAUUACAUUUUUUGUUUGAAGAUUCACCAAAUUUUGUCAAGGUCGUACAAAACUCAAUGAAGGGCCAGGUUUGGCCCACAGGCCUUAGUUUUCCCUUCUUUGGUUUCGAUCAAUCUAAUGUUGUCAAACCAUUUCACAUUCAUUCACUUAAUUGCACUUUGUCGGUAGCCUGAUCUUUUUAGGCAUCAUCUUUUCUAAAUUUUCCUCAAGACCUGACUUAGUAUCCCUUUAAUGAUUCUGUAUUCUUCUAAUGAACUUUGCACUUUGUUGUGCCUGAGGUAGAUAUGUGUUGUAACUAGUGACAUUUGGAGGAUGGCUGCCUGUUUUCUAAAUUUUGUUUGGGGGGAGGGGAGGGGGGGAGUGCAUCCUCUUUUGUUCCGUUACAUUUUGUUUGUUCAGUCCCAUCAUCAAUGUGUUGAGAUGUCUGUUUUAGUGUACAGACAGAGUUGGCGUUGCCGAAGCGACGAGUAAGCGUUUAUGACGCUUCUUUUUGAUGACAACAAAUUUCAUUUACAAAAGGAGUGUGAGGCCCAGUAGCGAGGACACAUUUUUAAAAUGUUCCGCGAGUGCACUGCAAGCUGCACUAAUAUUGCAGGCGUCCGUCAUCAAAUUGCUGCUAGAUGUAGGUCUAGUGUGUGUAGAGUGUAGUUUGUCUGCUCAUUUUAAUUACGUCGUUUGAAAUGGACACAGAAGCAUUGAUUCAUGCGGUUGAGAAAAAGAAAAUGCCUUUAUGACAAGGGUGAUGAACACUACAGCAACAGAAACUUGAUAAAUGUUGAUAGCUUCAUUCUGAUGUAACAGAUGCAUCUGUCCUCAUCUGUUAGUAUUUUGUCCAUUAUGUGGUGGUACUUUCCACAUUUUGUCUUUGAUUUAUUCUAUGCACCCAGUAUCAACGCUGGGCUCGUUUCCAUUUAUUUAACCAUGAUAACAACUAUUGAAAAUCACAUUCUUCAUCCAUUGUUCUUCUAGAUCUGUGGGUGUUUAGAGGGUACUCUGGUGUGGUUUGCUCUUUCUUUCCUAUGAAACAUCUAUCGUCUUUAUCUCCCCUCCUUCUUUUCUGUGUUUGUUACUCCCUUGUAACACC